GCAAAGUAAUAAGGUGCAGUUUGCAGGCUGUAAAGUGGGUCAUGCUAAUGUCGUUUAAAAACAGUGCGGACAGUAGGCAUUGUUCCCAUCUGUACGGUUAAAUCUUGCGACCACACCGUAAGCGGGGCACUAUUAUUUUCAUUCUUCGGAGGACAGCAGAGGUUAGGUAAUUUGUUACACAGCUGUGGCUCUGGGAGUCAGUCUGGUUUCAGAGUCGGAGCUCUACCACCACGUGUGCCGCCUCCCAUUGUUAAUUGCGGCGUGAAGCCACGCAGCCUCGCAGUUUCCUGUCUGUGAAAUGGAGGGUGUUGUGUUUAUUUUCAAGGGUUUUCAAAUUUAGCAGUAAAUAACUCAAAGCUGUGGUGGCCCACUAGGGCUUCACUUUCACGCCUGCCAGAUUUAGAAGAGUCUGGAGAGCUGGGCAGUAUCAGUACUUGGAAUCGGAGAGGGAAAGUGGUGUAAGAACCACUUCCAAGACCCCAGGCUCCCUUGGAUUUUGGAGGCUCCGCAGCAUUUCAAAUCAGAUUCUGAAUAAGUACACACAUGUAGUAGUAAAUAUUUUUGCUGAAAAAAUACUUUUUUCAACAAAUUUGUUAAAUAUUUUUGUUGAAAAAUUUGUUUUUGAAAUUACUGGAUUACGAAUACUUGAUUAAAUUUACGAUUGGCUAUGCUUAUCUUGUCUAUGCACACUAUGAAUGCUGUUCUUCAAAAAUAGAAAUGAUCCUGGAUUCUUAAUGGAGUUGAUAGUGUUAGUUUUGUAUAGGGCCUAGAUACUGAAAAGGUUUGUCGAGAAAAGCUUUAGGAAGUUGAAGGAGACUUGGAAGGAAGGGUAGUAUUUAGAGAACUGGAGAAGGGAGGAGAGUGGUUGAAGCAAGGAUGGGGAGAACAAGAAUCAGGGCGUGUGUGAGGUCGAGGAGGUGGGGAUGAACAUUUGUGUAUUACGUACCAGGCUCAUGCUAGGUGACUUACACAUAUUAAUUGAUUUGCUCCGUUGAAUGGCCUCUGAUGUAGGUUAUAGUGUCUCCCAUUUUGUAAAUGAGAAAAUAACCUCAGGUCAAAUGACUUAUCUAAGAUACCGUGUCCUGACACUCAGUUUUGCCUGAUUUCUGUAUGUUGUCCUCUCCUGUACGCCUCAUUCCCAGAACAAUCCGGCUUGUUCAUUCCCCGAUCUGCAAUUUUUCCCGUUCCUUCAUGGAUUUGAAGGUGCUCCUUUCCUCCUUGAAUGACUUUGCAUCCCUCUCACUUGCUGAGAGUUGGGACAAUGUUGGAUUACUGGUGGAACCAAGCCCACCACACACUGUACACACACUCUUCCUUACCAAUGACUUGACGGAGGAAGUAAUGGAGGAGGCGCUGCAAAAGAAGGCGGAUCUCAUUCUCUCCUACCAUCCACCUAUUUUCCGACCCUUAAAGCACAUAACCUGGAAAACCUGGAAGGAGCGCCUGGUGAUCCAGGCUCUGGAAAACAGAGUCGGUAUUUACUCUCCUCACACAGCCUAUGAUGCUGCACCCCAGGGAGUCAACAGCUGGUUGGCUAAAGGGCUUGGAGUUUGCACCUCCAGGCCCAUACAUCCUUCCAAAGCUCCCAACUACCCCACAGCAGGGACGCAUAGAGUAGAAUUCAGUGUUAACUGCACCGAAGACCUGGACAAAGUCAUUUCUGCAGUGAAAGAAAUGGCAGAUGUUUCUGUCACUUCUUUUUCUACUAGGACUGACGAUGAAGAACAAACACGGAUUAGUCUGAAUUGUAGUCAGGAGGCUUUGAUACAGGUGGUGGCUUUUCUUUCCCAGAGCAGACAGUUCUAUCAGAAGACCGAAAUUCUGUCACUGGAGAAGCCUCUGCUUCUACAUACUGGAAUGGGACGGUUAUGCACACUGGAUGAAUCUGUUUCCUUGGCAACCAUGAUUGAGCGAAUCAAAAGGCACCUUAAACUAUCUCAUGUUCGCCUUGCUCUUGGGGUAGGAAGGACCUUAGAGUCUCCAGUCAAAGUUGUGGCCCUCUGCGCUGGUUCUGGGAGCACGGUGCUGCAGGGGGUGGAGGCCGACCUUCACCUCACAGGUGAGAUGUCCCAUCAUGAUGUUCUGGAUGCUGUGUCCCAAGGAAUAAACGUCAUCCUCUGUGAACAUAGCAACACUGAACGAGGCUUUCUUUCUGAUCUUCAAGAUAUGCUGGGUGCUCACUUGGAGAAUAAGAUUAAUAUUAUCCUGUCAGAGACAGACAGGGACCCUCUUCAUGUGGUAUAAAGCAUAUAUAGCAUAAAUAACAGGAUGACAGUCUGCAAAUUGAUUGCCUCCCAACUUGAAUGCAUAACGUGAAUCAGUGGAGUUAGAAUCCUCCCGGAAGAAUGUCUUAGAAUGUACAUUAUUUCUGGUUUGUAAAUCUGCUUCACCAAAUGUUCUGUAGCUCAUAUGGUAAAAACCAUAACAUAACUACCAUUCAAGAACAAGUAUUCAUUAUAAGAUGAAUUAAGAUGAUUAUACAAUGUAAAGCAUAUAUUCAUUAUAAACUACAGGAGAGAUCCACUGAAAUCUGUUUACUUAACAUUCUGGGUUAAGUUGCUCAAGCAGUCUUCUCCUUAGCUUACUUAUAGAUGGGAUGUGUCGUUCUAGAUCUCUCUGCCCUUGGUUAGUUUAAAAAUAUACUUUAAAAAACUUGAGAUUGGAACACUUAUUUCUAGGUAUCACCCCUCUAGGGGGUGAUAAUGUCUAUCUCUAUGUUCCCAUUCUCAGAUCACUAAUCUUUCACCUAAAUUUCAGAAUCAGGAUGAGGUUUUAUGUUUUUUUUUUUUUAAUAUAGAUGAUCAUUAUUCAUGACUAUUGUUUUAUUGCUUUUUAGGUAACUCACCUGGAAUUUUAUUAGUAAUAUUUUUAUUGUUAUGUUAAUCGCCAUACAUUACAUCAUUAGUUUUUGAUGUAGUGUUCCAUGAUUCAUUGUUUGCGUGUAACACCCAUGGAAUUUUAUUAGUAAUAUAAAAAUGGUUAGCUUUUAGAAUAAUCCCAGUUAUCAUACAAUAUUAACUUUGUGCUAGGCAUUCUCAGGUAUGUUAUAAACACUUUCAAUCUUGAGAAACAAGAAUAUAGGUAUUAUGAUUUCCAUUUUACAGAUGAGUAAACUGAAACAGGUUAAGUAGUUUGCCCAAGGCCACAUGGCUAGGAAAUGAUGGGAGUUUGGACACAAACUCAGGUAGUCUGGCUCCAGAAGUCUGUGUUCUUUUUUUUUUUUUUUAAGAUUUUAUUUAUUUGUUUGAGAGAGCGAGCAUGAGAGGGGGGAGGGUCAGAGGGAGAAGCAGACUCCCCGCUGAGCAGGGAGCCCGAUGCAGGACUCGAUCCUGGGACUCCAGGAUCAUGACCUGAGCCGAAGGCAGUUGCUUAACCAACUGAGCCACCCAGGCGCCCUCAGAAGUCUGUGUUCUUAACUACUUCUUAAUGAACAUUGACGAGAAACCUGAUACAGGAGGUUUGUAAGAAAUCCUGAAGGAAAAAGAUCCAUUUUAGCUGGGAUUUUCUCUGGGUGGUAUGGGAGUUUUUUCUUUCGAAUUCUUCUAUAUAUAUUUCCAGUUUCUCUGCUGAGAUUUUUCCUUUGGUAAUGACAAAAGCCAGUCUUUUAAAAUACCGUCUAAGAUGAGAAAGGAAAGCAUUUUCUUUCUUUUGUAGGACCCUUAUCCUACCAGUCAUCUCCUGGAGGAUUUGGGAUCCUAACUUAAAAAUUAUUCUUGGUGGUUCACCUGUAAUAUUGUUGAUUCACCACAGAAAUAACCAAUAAGACCGAGCCUUAAGAAAUGCCCCCAAUUCGAGGGUUGGAGGAGGAGCCAGGAGAGGAGGUGGGUAGAGAAUCCGCAAAGCAUCAGAAGCCAAGGAGAAAACUUUGAUGGGGAAAGGUCGACAUCAAAGUCGAGCCAGUGGGAGAGCAGACAGCUUUGAGAGACUCUUAGUGGCGUUUGCCUCAGUCAUUGCUUGUGUUCUUUGUGCCGGGCCCAUGGCGAUGUGGGGAGAACAGGACGGAAGUUUGGAUGGUACUUCAGGGUUUAUGGUAAUUCCCUAUGCUAAAGAUACAGAGGGCUUGCAGGGAAGGUUUUCUGGGGCAAGGGGGUGGAGUUCAGUCAAGAGGCACAGCUUGAACCAGCGGUAGGUAGUACACUGAAAAAGCCCAAGUAAGUCAUCCGUUAUUGUCUGGGCAGAAAGCAGGAGGCAGGAAUGAUAAUGGUCAGAGAUGAUGCUUAAGAAAUAGCUUGGGGGCAGUGAUGCUUAAACCUUUUUUUCCUUUGUGGCACACUGAAGGUAGGACAUGAUUUCACCUUUAACAGUUACUCAUCCUGAAGGUUGUGGAUUAAAUUCCUUUUGUUAGAGUUUCGAAGGGAUUUAAUGGAUCAACGAAUUUGUUUAUGAUUGGACAUGCUUAUUGCUAAAUUUUUUUGUUGUUGAAGAAUGCCAUUGUUACUACAAUUUUUAAAGUUUCUCUACUGGCAUGCUAGCGUUUCUAAGUAACUAAAAAUACCCCCAAAUAUGUCCUCUGUAGUUUUUUAAAAAUAAAGUAUCACCAAAGAUGAAUUCUUUAUUUUCACUUGUCAAAUUUUCUGAACUGGUAACUUUAAGGUGUUGAUUGUUUAGUUGUAUAUCUCAUUGCUUUUCAAACUCAGUGUGCAGUAGAAUGUAUGGAGGUGUAGUUUAAAAAAUGCAGACUGAUUCAGAUGCCCGAGUAGGGCCUCAGCACUUGUGUGUUCCCGAGGGAAAGCUGCUGCGGCUGCUGCCAUUUCAAGGACCACAUGUGAGGCAGCACAAGUGAAGACGGCGACCUGAGUGUGUGGGCGGGCGCAAGGCCGAAGUGUGCUGCUGUAUGCCCAGAUUGUUACAGAAUGUGCUAAGGAGUUUUCUGUUAACCUCACAUUUAAAGUUCUCUUUUCCAUAGCAUCAGUUUUUUCAAACUUCUUUUCAACAUGUUAAGAAUACUGGAACUUUCAGUGCUAUUAACACCCCAUAAUAUUUCUUCCUUCAUAUUCCUUACAACUCCUCUAUCUAGCACAGAGCCUUCUGUGUAGGAAGUGUUCAGGAAUAUCAUCUCCAGUAUAAAAAAAUUCAAAAACAUCCAGCUCCAAAUAGUCCCUGAGCACACUGUUCAUUCCAGCAAGAAGUCUCCAGAGAGGUAAUGAAUGAAAGGCACGUUUUCUCCAACUUGAGGACCGCUGCAUAGUACUGGAGAUGGUACACCAGCCAGGCUAAUCAAGGUUCUAACUGAUGAC